AUGGGUGUUAAUUUUAAAGUAAAGAACAAAAGGACCUACCUAUGUAGGAGAGAAAGAAGAAAAAAAAAUAAGCACAAGAAGAAAACCCAAAGUUCUAUGAAGAAGCAGGAGAAUUAUGAGAAAAUUGAUAUUGUUCAAGAAAUCACCCCAGAAAUCGCUAUAGAGAAUAAUUGUGAGUGUGUAAGAACAGCUGUAGAGAGAGCUGUCACAGUAGAUGAUGCACAAGAUGACCAAGUGGACGCAGAUCCACAAUGUGCAAGUGAAACAUGUUAUGUUCAGAUGAAUUGCUGUUCAGAGGAUUUGCCUAUAAGUGAGUCGGUUGCUGUUGAAAAUGAUCGAGAGAAUGUCCUCAGUGUUGUUGAGCUACCUGUUGUUACAGAUUAUUCCUUUACCUUAGUGGUUGAGAAUUCAGAAGAAGAGUGUGAAAGUGCGGUAGCUACGUAUUUGAAUAGUCCUCGAGCUAGGGAAGAAAGCGAAGUCAAGGGCGAAAAGGACUUUUUGGAUGACUCCGUCAAGGGAUCUAUUGAACAGGGCUUGAAAGUGUUGCCCAAUGCAGGAACGGAGGAUUUUUUGCAAAUGGUAAAAUGCAUGAGAAAUAGAGUUGAGGGGAAAUUUAUGCAUUUCAAGAGUAUGUUCUAUGAGGGUUGGAUAGGAAAUGCAGGAAGCGCAUUAGAUUCAUUCAAGUUCAUUGCAGAUGACAAAAAGGAAUGUAUACAGGAUCUGAUGAGUUUUCUGGAACACAUUUUGGACCACAUUAGUCAACAGUUGAAACCUGCUUCGCCUGCUUCAGGGGAUUGCCUUGAGUUGCUGCCGAAAGACGCCACUGAAUGCACGGUGUAUAGUAAAAAACUGUUGGCCAGGGAUGUGGAUGAGUACGAUUUGAGCGGCCUGAAGAUACUAUUCAAGGAGUUUGCAGUAUCCACAAAGGAAAAAUUUGACUUGCUGUUUAAGGAUACUGCGGAUUAUGAUUUGAGCGGUGUUGAGGGUCUCUUCAAAGAGUAUGUGGAAGCCACAAAGGAUGUGGCGAGUGUAUUGCCGAAGAAUUAUGCAGAGUGUGAUUUGGAAGGUGUUAGAGCACUUUUCAGACAGGCUGCAGAAUCCUCAGAGGAAGUGAGGAAUGUGUUGUCGAAGGAUUAUGCAGAGUGUGAUUUGGAAGGUGUUAGAGAACUUUUCAGACAGGCUGCAAAAUCCUCAGAGGAAGUGAGGAAUGUGUUGUCGAAGGAUUAUGCAGAGUGUGAUUUGGAAGGUGUUAGAGCACUUUUCAGACAGGCUGCAAAAUCCUCAGAGGAAGUGAGGAAUGUGUUGUCGAAGGAUUAUGCAGAGUGUGAUUUGGAAGGUGUUAGAGCACUUUUCAGACAGGCUGCAAAAUCCUCAGAGGAAGUGAGGAAUGUGUUGUCGAAGGAUUAUGCAGAGUGUGAUUUGGAAGGUGUUAGAGCACUUUUCAGACAGGCUGCUGAGUCUUCCAUUGAGAAUGGUGAAGAGGUAUUGGAGGUUGUAAAUAAUGAACACAAUAGUGUUCAUUAUUUAUGCCAUUCAAAGGGAUUUUCUAGUUAUUUCUGGAAAGCACGUUACUGCGCAGUGAGAAACAUCUGCCAAACGUCGUUUUAUGGUGCUUUUCAGUAUACUCAUGGUCAAAAGUACGACAUGCACAGGUCGUUUUGUAAUGUAAAAAUGGAAUAUAAUUUUAAUAGAGGAGUUGUUAAAAGGACGAAGGCUGUAUACAGAAUUACAGUGAGGAGGGGCAAGGAGAAAAUAACGAAGAGAGAAAGUGCAGAGGUAAUUAAGGGGCCAUAUUUUCCCAGGCAAAGGAGCAUGGUGAUAGAGGACUGUGGUGCUGAUUGUGGAAUCGUGAGUAAGAUCCAAAGUGAAAGCGGAAAUGGAAGUGGAAACGGAAAUGGAUGCGGAAGCGGAAACAUACGUGGAAGUGACUACGUGCAGGGAAGCGGAAACUUUUGUGGAAGCAGAAGUGCACGUGGAAGCGGAUAUGUGUGCCGAGGCAGAAGCAGAAAUGGAAGUGGAAACGGAUGUGGAAGUGGAAGCGGAGGUGGAAACGACCGAGGAAACAAUAACAGCGGAGAUGGUUCUUCGGAUGGUGAAAAUUCCUCUUCGGAUGAUCAGGGUCAUGCAGAUGAUGAGAAAUCAUCAAGUGAAGAUGACCAGUCAGAUGAAGAAAAGGAAAAAAGGAAAAAGAAGGGUGCUCAGAAGAAUUCUCAAAGGAGAGAAGGGAAAACGGUAAGCGGAGGUCGCUCUGACCGUAUGCUGCCGUGGAGCUCUUGCUCAAAAGCUGGUGAGGAAAGCUUAAAAAGAGAAGAUGUUACAAGUAACUGUGCCUACAUGUUACCCAUGGGGAAUAGUCGAAGGGAUGAGGAUGACUUAAAAAGAGAGGACGAUACGGGUAACAGUGUGUAUAUGAUGCCAUGGGAAAGAUGUGCCGAGAAGAAUGAUCAUGUUUUGCCGUCCAAAGAUGAAAAGCCCUAUGUGCGCAACAGUUUUAAAGGGAAUAGGUGGGACAGGAGUGUAAAGCGGGAAGAAGAGAGUUUAAAAAGGGAGGACGACUUUAAAAGGGAAGACUGCAUGGAUUUCACCGCCGAUGUUGCACCGUCGUUUGGGGGUGUUAAGAGUGAGCGUAGUGGUUUAGGGGGGGACCACGAGAAAAGUAGCUCAUUGUUGAUACGAUCCCGUAGGAUGCAACAGAAUAAUGGUAUUGGUGAAUCGAAUGGGGAAAAUGUGAGUGGAAGUUUGUUUGACAAUGUUGAUUUAGGCGAUUUUGCAGUUGCAGCUGCACAGGAUGUCGGAAAUCAGCUUGGUCAGAGAGGUAGAGGAUCUAAUGAUGUACUGCCUGGUAACAGUGAAAGCGGAAGCAGUGAUGGUGGGAAUUCCGAGGUAAGCACUCAUAUUGAUGAGGAGAGUAAUGACAGUGAAAGGAUUCCGGAACCAGAUAACAGUCAAAGUGAUAGUGGCACCGAAUAUUCAUAUGAUAGCGGAAACGGAGAGAAAACUAUAACCACUGAUGAAAGUGAUUUAGAGAAAGAGACUGUGCAUUUGAAGAAAGUGUUGGUAGGGGAUUAUAGAGAAAGAAGUGCAUAUGUUAUGAACCGAAUGCGUGACACAGUUGAAUAUAUGCUCCCAAAAGUAGAUGAGAUGCCUGAGGACAGAAAGCUUAACAAGAUUAGAAACAUGUAUAACCAUCGUCCAAGUGUAGCAGGCAGAACAAAAUACAGAAAGUAUGCUGACAAAGAAGGGGGCAAGAAUUGGAAAGAAAUUUCACGUGUUCUAAAAUAUGCAGAAGGUAUUGUAUCCGAUUUUAUUUCAUGCUUCAAGGAAAAAAGCAAAUUCAGUCCCGAGUACUCGACGAAAUAUUAUUAUGGAAAGAGGAUUCAAAGUUUAUAUCCAAAAUAUCGUUUCUCUGAGUGUAAGAAGAUUUUUACCUAUUUCGAGAGGAUGACAACGAAUCCCAUAAUUGAAAAAAGUAGAGACGAAUAUCUAGAAAAAAUGUUAGGAGGGAUGACGGAGGAGGAGAGCGAUCAUUCAUAUAUUGAUAUUAUAAAGGCGUGCAGGAGAAUUGUUCUAGACAUCAUGAAGAGUAUACAGAAAAAUAUAAGAGUUAUAGGAUCUGCUGAUAUGAAAAAUAAAGUUAGAGAAUAUAGAGAACGUUACCGAAACAGCACUGAGGAGGCAGAUGGUAUAUAUGCUGAAGAUCAUCCGUACAUUAUAGCUUUGAAAAAAAUCGAUGAUUCUUUCAGCGAUCUUAGAGAUAAAAUUUCGAGAGUGCAUCCAGUUGUGAAUUUUUUCGAUUAUAAAAUGGACAGAAUUAUUAGAACCUACGCAUCUCAGUUGUGUUACAGUUACAGAUUUGUGCAUUAUUGGCUUCAUAUUUUAACUAGAUUAUUUACUGAUGUAGUUCAAGUAUGGAAUUUGCCAGGAGAAUUAACUUGCCAGAUGUUUGAAACUUGUGAAGAAAAGAGAAAAGUGGUAGUGGUGCGAAGAAUGUUAGUACAAAUAAUGAAGAAAUUUAAGCAAUCUGUUGAAGACGGGAGCUACAAGCCACAUAGGUACGAAAAGAUGGAGACAGUUCAUGACGCAUACCACAUUUAUAGGUACACCAAAAUAUUUUAUGAUCGGUUAUGUGAAGGGUUUAGAACAUUUUCAGGGGAUGAGAUUCAUGUGGUACAGGACGUAUAUAAUGAAAUUUGCACACGGAUAUAUAACGUAGAGCCUUCAAGUUGCAUUGUGUAUAGUACAAACCGCAUUAUUCGACGCAUUGGAUCGACGAGUCCAUUAGAGUGGCCAACUACUAAUGAGGCCGUAGAUCUGUUUCUUGCGGGCGAAGAGGAGAACAACUACACUGCAGAAAAUGGAAGUGCAGGAAGGAACAUCACAACGGGUGCAGAUGCAGGAAGGGACACUCCAGCAGAUGAAGAAGAGGAAAGGGACAGCUCAGCAGAUGAGGAAGCGCAAAGCAAUGCUGUGAAUGGAAGUAGUUACGAUGGACAUACAAGUGACUCUUCAUACCAUUACUAUGGGAAUAGACCAGAUACGAUAGAAGAUUCAACGUACUACAAUGGCAUGUCAUAUGGAUCCACGGAAAUUGAGGACAGGAAUAAUCAUGUGGCUAUUCCUUGCUUAAUGGAUAUUCCGAGGCAAAUAGGCACUGAAGCGCUACGUGCCCCAGCAGAAAAUUUAUCGCACGAGAGAUCCAGAAUUGUUGGGGUAGUGGAAAUUAUAAGUGAUGAAAAUGGUAAUCUUGUAGAAGUGCCAUUAGAGAAUGUCCAGGAUAAUUUGGAGAUCAUCACUCACUUACCUCUUGAGGCUGCUUCAAGUAACAUGGAAUUUUUAGACAUCGAACUGGUGGAGACUGUUGAGAAUAACUCGGCAAUUUCGGCUCAAGAACCAGUUGUACCUACUCAAAAUGAAUUAAUUUUUUCGCCGCAAGUAUCGGCCGCAUCUACUCAAGAUGGAUUCAUUUUUUCGCCACGAGAACCAGUGGCAUCUACUCAAAAUGGAUUCAUUUUUCCAACCCAAGAAUCGGUUGGACCUACUCAAAAUGGACUCAUUUUUUCGCCACGAGAACCAGUGGCAUCUACUCAAAAUGGAUUCAUUUUUUCGCCACGAGAACCAGUGGCAUCUACUCAAAAUGGAUUCAUUUUUCCAACCCAAGAAUCGGUUGGACCUACUCAAAAUGGACUCAUUUUUUCGCCACGAGAACCAGUGGCAUCUACUCAAAAUGGAUUCAUUUUUCCGACCCAAGAAUCGGUUGGACCUACUCAAAAUGGACUCAUUUUUUCGCCACGAGAACCAGUGGCAUCUACUCAAAAUGGAUUCAUUUUUCCGACCCAAGAAUCGGUUGGACCUACUCAAAAUGGACUCAUUUUUUCGCACCAAGAAUCAGUGCCAUCUGUUCAAACUCGGGGGGGUUCUGUGCAGGGUACUGUGGGUGCUGUUCAUAACAGUUCCAACUUUUUGUCACGAGAACCAGUGGCAUCUACUCAAAAUGGAUUCAUUUUUCCGACCCAAGAAUCGGUUGGACCUACUCAAAAUAGCUUCGCAUUUUCGCACCAAGAAUCAGUUCCAUCUGUUCAAACUCGGAGGGGUUUUGUGCAGGGUACUGUGGGUGCUGUUCAUAACAGUUCCAACUUUUGGUCACAAGAACCAGUGGUGUCUGUGCAGAAUCAUGGGGGUGUUUCUGUACAGGAACUAAAUUGGACUUCACAAAAUAGUGGAACUUAUAUGCAACCAAAAAACAAUGAAAGUGCUAGAAGCGAAAAUAAUCAUUUAUAUGAUGAAGCAGCCGGAAGCACAACAAGUGGGUUAAGUCUCUUCGCCCUCGCCCAAGCAUCAAGGGAAGAUAACAAUUCCUGUAGAAAUAUGGAAAUCUCACUGAGAAAAUCUGACGAUAAUGAAACAGUUUAUGAAAAAAGGGACAAUAAGAGACAAAGAAGUCGUUCCAACGUUAGCUAUGUUAUGGAAACUGGGUAUAACAACUACAAUCAGAAUAAUGAAGAGUUGCCAAGACCAAUGGCAAAUUAUCCCAGUAAUUAUGACAUUGACAGUGAGCAUUUACCAGAUUUUUCACAGAGCACAAGGAGUGCGUAUAUGCUGGAUUCAAGAGAAAAUAACAGCAGUGAAAAUAUGUUCAAGAGCGAGUCAUCACAGAAUCAAAAUAUGUAUAACACCCAUAUGAACACAUGGGAAAAACCUAAAAGUGAAGACGCAUUUUUCAAAGGCGAGGUGCACGAAGAGGGCAACAAAAUUUUUUUCCAUUCUCCGAAUCCUAUAAAGGAGGACAACCCUGGAAUGUUUAGCAAUGACAACUUGUCACAACCACCUUAUUCUAGCCAAGACAAUUUUAGCACUGGCAUCUUCAGCAAUGACAACUUGUCACAACCACCUUAUUCUAACCAAGGCAAUUUUAGCACUGGCAUCUUCAGCAAUGACAACUUGUCACAACCACCUUAUUCUAGCCAAGACAAUUUUAACACUGGCAUCUUCAGCAAUGACAACUUGUCACAACCACCUUAUUCUAGCCAAGACAAUUUUAACACUGGCAUCUUCAGCAAUGACAACUUGUCACAACCACCUUAUUCUAACCAAGGCAAUUUUAGCACUGGCAUCUUCAGCAAUGACAACUUGUCACUACCACCUUAUUCUAACCAAGGCAAUUUUAGCACUGGCAUCUUCAGCAAUGACAACUUGUUCAAUUACCAAGACCCGAAGGUUGGUCUCCAGAGCACUAUGGACAAUUUGUCACAACCACCUUUUUCUAGUCAAAGCUAUAAUAACACCAGCAGCAUGGAUUAUGCAUCACACCACUCAAACUUUAACCAAGAUAACCUUAACAAUGGCAAUUUGUUUUAUAACAUAGACCAAGAACGAGGUCUCACGAGGAACAUGAACAAUUUGCCAUUACCAACAGGAUUUAUCCAGGGCAAAGACCACAUCGAUGAUGCAUCACAUCCUUCAGAAUUAAACCAGAGUGUAAUUCAACACUGUGACUUUUUCAUGGACGAUACGUUUAAAUACAGAAGCCAAGAAAAUCACCACCAAAGCAACAUAAGUAUCUGUUCAUCCCCAAGAGGAAUGUCCCCUAGGACUAGCAGGAACAGCCCCAAACAAGAAAAUAGAAACGAGAGCAACAUAAACAACUGGCCACUGUCAAGAGGGUUUGUCCAUUUCACCAACGGAACCCAUACCACAAACAACAACAGCAGUGCCAGCAUGUUGAAUAAUAUGUACACAAAAAAUCUGAAUGAGAGACAUGACACCACUGAGCCCCUAUUUAUGGACGAUGAAGCAGAGGACGUAUCAGAGGAAGAAGAGGAAGCUCUAUUCGAAAGAGAGCUUGUCGAAGAACAAAAGGCAAUAGCAGCUAUAUUGUCCAGAAAGGCCGUGGCAGCAUUUGCGGAAAGGAAAGAAAGAAAAGCACGGGCAGCUCUAUUGGCCAAAGAAGCUGUUGCAACCACUAAGGCAAGGAAAGAAAGAAAGGCACAGGCAGCUCUAUUGGCCAAGGAGGCUGUUGCAACCACUAAGGCAAGGAAAGAAAGAAAAGCACAGGCAGCUCUAUUGGCCAAGGAGGCUGUUGCUACCACUAAGGCAAGGAAAGAAAGAAAGGCACAGGCAGCUCUAUUGGCCAAAGAAGCUGUUGCAACCACUAAGGCAAGGAAAGAAAGAAAAGCACGGGCAGCUCUAUUGGCCAAAGAAGCUGUUGCAACCACUAAGGCAAGGAAAGAAAGAAAGGCACAGGCAGCUCUAUUGGCCAAGGAGGCUGUUGCAACCACUAAGGCAAGGAAAGAAAGAAAAGCACAGGCAGCUCUAUUGGCCAAAGAAGCUGUUGCAACCACUAAGGCAAGGAAAGAAAGAAAAGCACGGGCAGCUCUAUUGGCCAAAGAAGCUGUUGCAACCACUAAGGCAAGGAAAGAAAGAAAGGCACAGGCAGCUCUAUUGGCCAAAGAAGCUGUUGCAACCACUAAGGCAAGGAAAGAAAGAAAAGCACAGGCAGCUCUAUUGGCCAAGGAGGCUGUUGCUACCACUAAGGCAAGGAAAGAAAGAAAAGCACAGGCAGCUCUAUUGGCCAAGGAGGCUGUUGCUACCACUAAGGCAAGGAAAGAAAGAAAAGCACAGGCAGCUCUAUUGGCCAAAGAAGCUGUUGCGACCACUAAGGCAAGGAAAGAAAGAAAAGCACAGGCAGCUUUAUUGGCAAGAGAAGCCGUGGCGUCCAAAGAGGCUAUGGCAGCAAAGGCGACUGCAUUGGCAAAUAUCAAGGAAGAAAUGGUAGUAGGCUCCAAGAAGAGAAAAAAAAGAGGCAUGCGAGAACAAGCAGAAAGAACACAAGAAAAAGAUAGCAGCGUUACGGAAAAAAUACCUUCACCUACUAGGAGGACCAGAAGAAAAUUGGUGCAUGGGCCAACUGUUGAGAACAAAGCCAAGGUGGAGGAUGUUGCCGUAGUUGAAGAAGUAGCCAAAGUCGAGGAGGUAGCUGAACCGGCUGAGGAAUUAGCCCAAGUCGAGGAAGAACCAAAGGUCAUAGUAGAAAUCAAAUGCUAUGUCGAGAGAACAAAAUCUGAUAUGAAAAAAAAUGUGAAUGCAACUGCCGCAAAAAAAUUAUCCAAGAAAAGGGUUCAUAGCAAAAUGACCAGUACGCCAGAGGGCAGUAUCGAUUGGGUCGUAUUCAAGAAAAGGCGAACAGGUGAAGGAGACGAAAUAGAACUUUCAGAGAACACAAAUGGAGUUAAAAGUGAAACGGAGGAAGUCGUGGAAACUAAGGAAAGUAAGGAAAAUGAAGAAAAUAAGAACAGUAACAAAAAUAAGGAAACUAAAGAAAAGAAUACGGCAUUAGACACCAAUAUUCUAACAAACCGUGAAGGAGCUGAUUGUCCGAAAAAAGAAAUAACACCAACGGAUGAAACUCAUGGAAAAAAAGAAGAUGUGAAGAAUAAAAAGUUAACUUGUCUCAAACGUGCAACUAGGAAUUCGACCAUAAGAAGACAUGUGGGACAUUUUAAUUUAAGCAUAAAUAGAAAGCUAAUAAAGAAAAAGAACGUACAAAAUAAAAAGACAGAUAUCAAAAAGAGAAUUACAAAAAAUGCAACUAAACAGUAA